AUGGCGCGCGUGUUGAAGGCGGCGGUGGCGACCGUGGCGGUGGCGGCGGCGGCGGCGGGGGCGGCGGCGGCCGAGAGUGCAGUAGGGUUGUUUUCCAGACUUCAGACUUCAGCUCCGAAAUUAAGAACUUUCUCCACAUCACAGUCCUCGCUUCAAGCGGCAAGUCCUGUGUGGAACCUAGGUCGACUCAAUCAUGUAGCAAUUGCAGUGCCAGACUUGGAAAAAGCCACAGCAUUUUAUAAGAAUGUUCUGGGGGCCCGGGUAAGUGAGGCGGUCCCUGUUCCUGAGCAUGGAGUGUCUGUUGUUUUUGUCAACCUGGGAAACACCAAGAUGGAGCUGCUUCAUCCGUUGGGAAAUGACAGUCCAAUUGCAGGUUUUCUGCAGAGAAACAAGGCUGGAGGAAUGCAUCAUAUCUGCAUUGAGGUGGAUGAUAUAAAUGCAGCUGUGAUGGAUUUGAAAGAGAAGAAGAUUCGUAGUCUAAGUGAAGAGGCCAAAAUAGGAGCACAUGGAAAGCCAGUGAUUUUUCUCCAUCCCAAAGACUGUGGUGGUGUUCUUGUGGAAUUGGAGCAAGCUUGAUUUAUAUUUGCAAGAAACUUUAAAAAUCCCCACCAAAAUAUACUGAAAAUCCCCAACGAA